GCAUCGAUCGACUCGAUAUAACCGAGGACGGAUUAUUCCCAGAGAGGGGCACGCCGACUCUCAACAGCUAAGCUAGCUCGAGGAAGUAUGUCGUCGUGCAUUGCCUCUUAUCUUCUUGAUCCCCUUGAGGGUCUUCCCCUUCCGUACAAUCCUCUCGAUCCUCACAAUGCGUACCUUUGCGCGUGCUAUCCAGCGCCAGAGAUUCGGUGCGCGUAGCUCCGUCCCCCGGAUCUCGAGACAACAGCGAGGACUUACCUCCGUAAGCACUCAAGACGUCAAAGGCCUGACAGUCGUCGACCACCACUACGAUGCCAUUGUCGUCGGAGCAGGUGGCGCAGGCCUCCGCGCCGCCGUGGGACUCACGGAAGCCGGUCUGAAAACAGCAUGCGUAUCGAAACUGUUCCCCACGCGCUCGCACACGGUUGCAGCCCAGGGCGGCAUCAACGCCGCGCUCGGCAACAUGACCGAAGACGACUGGCGCUGGCACAUGUACGACACGGUCAAAGGCUCAGAUUGGCUGGGUGAUCAGGAUGCUAUCCACUACAUGACGCGCGAGGCUGUGCCCGCUGUUGUCGAGCUCGAAAACUACGGCAUGCCCUUCUCCCGCACCGCUGAAGGCACGAUAUACCAACGCGCUCUUGGGGGGCAGAGCUUGGAGUAUGGCAAGGGCGGACAGGCGUAUCGGACGGCGUGUGCAGCGGACAGGACGGGACAUGCCAUGCUGCAUACGCUGUACGGGCAGAGCUUGAAGGAGGGGGUGCAGUUCUUCAUCGAGUGGUUUGCGCUGGAUCUAAUGAUGAGUGAGGGGAAGUGUGUGGGGAUUACGGCGCUGAACAUGGAGGAUGGGACGUGUCAUCGCAUGUUUGCGCGGAACACCAUUCUGGCGACUGGGGGCUACGGACGAGCAUACUUCAGCGCAACAAGCGCACACACAAGUACCGGUGACGGCAGUGCCAUGGUAUCGAGAGCCGGUCUCCCGCUGCAAGACAUGGAAUUCGUGCAAUUCCACCCCUCUGGAAUCUACGGCGCCGGCGUCCUGAUCACAGAAGGCGCCCGCGGCGAAGGCGGCUACCUCCUCAACGCCCAAGGCGAGCGCUUCAUGGAGCGCUACGCCCCAACCGCAAAAGACCUCGCAUCCCGCGACGUCGUCAGCCGCUCCAUGAACCUAGAGAUCCUCGAGGGCCGCGGCUGCGGCCCCGAAAAAGACCACAUCCACCUCCAGCUCUCCCACCUCCCCAAGGACAUCAUCAUGGAGCGCCUCCCCGGCAUCGCUGAAACUGCCGCCAUCUUCGCAGGCAUAGACAUCACCCGCGAGCCCAUCCCCGUCCUCCCAACAGUGCACUACUGCAUGGGCGGCAUCCCAACGAACUACCACGGCCAGGUCCUCGACGUGACGGAUAGCGGGGAGAAAGUCGUCGACGGCCUCUACGCCGCGGGCGAAGCAGCCUGCGUCAGCGUGCACGGCGCAAACCGCCUAGGCGCAAAUUCACUCCUCGACAUCGUCGUCUUCGGCCGCGCAUCCGCUCUCCACAUCGCCGACAAUCACGCCCCCUCCGCACCCCACAACCCGUCAAACUCCGACAUCGGCCUGCCCUCCAUCCGCGAAAUCCCCUCCUUCCUCGCCGCAGACGGCAAAUCCCCCACCUCUGCCCUCCGCGACGCAAUGCAGCGCACCAUGCAGAACACCACGGCCGUCUUCCGCACCCACGACUCCCUCACCACCGGCACCGCGCAACUACGCGACAUCGAGCGGAAAUUCAAGUCUGAUUUGUGUGUCACAGACCGCAGUCUGAUCUGGAACAGCGAUCUGGUUGAGACGCUCGAGCUGCGCAGUCUGCUGACUAAUGCCGUGCAGACGAGUAAGGCGGCGUUGACGCGCACGGAGAGCAGGGGUGCGCAUGCGCGGGAUGAUUUUCAGGAGAGGGAUGAUGCGGCGUGGAUGGUGCAUAGUCUUACGUGGCAGGCUGGGGUUGGGGGGGAGGUCGAGUGGGGGACUAGGGGGGUUGUGAUGGGGACGUUGGAUGAGGGGGAGUGUAAGAGUGUGCCGCCUAUGAAGAGGUCUUAUUGA